GCUACUUAUUCCAUUGAACACCGAGUCGUGCUCUUCGUGUAUAGUCUUUCUUGAGAUCGUGCAAUGACACCCGGCAUGACGUCUCAGUGCAACUUCGACGAGAUCAGGAUCUUCGAUGACUCUAUGGACACCCUGGAGAUUGUGGAGAGCAUCGCCGAGGCGGAACAAUCGGAGGACCCUUUUCAUAUUUUCGACAUUGGCGAUGUCGUCACACGGCAUAGAAAUUGGAUCUCGAAAAUGCCCAGAGUUGCUCCGCAUUUUGCCGUGAAAUGCAACCCAAAUCCGACGGCGAUUAAAGUUUUAGCAGCUCUAAAUGCAGGAUUCGAUUGCGCCUCUCAGGAUGAAAUCAGACAAGUUAUGCAAUUCGGGGUUCCCGGGGAGCGGAUCAUCUUCGCCAACCCGACGAAACUCCCCUCGCACAUUAAAUUCGCGAGAAAGGUGGGAGUUGAUAAGAUGACCGUAGAUUGCGAAUCGGAGCUGUUGAAGAUUAAGGAUCUUUUUCCGGAAGCGAAAAUCGUUAUUCGUAUACGAUGCGACGCUGCAAAUUCGGAUGCACUGCUGGGAUUAAAAUUCGGCUGCGAUCCUGAUCGAGAAGCGAUUCAUAUGAUACAGAUGACGAAAGAUCUAGGAUUAAGACUUCAUGGAUUCAGCUUUCACGUCGGAAGCCCCUGCGGGGAGAUGAUAGCUUAUCACAGGGGGAUCCGAAUCUGCAAAAGUCUGAUCGAAGCCGCCAAAGCAAUUGGCUGCAAAGACGUGAGACUUAUCGACAUUGGCGGGGGAAUUCCCGGAGAAACUGGAGUGGAAAUUGACGAGUACGCUGACAGCAUUAAUGACGCAUUGAAGGACGUCGAUCCUUCCAUCGAUGUGAUUAGCGAGCCUGGAAGGUAUUAUGUGACGUCUGCCUCUACUUUGGCCUCUCUUGUACACAGCAAAAAGAUAAUUAUCGAAGAUGGCAGAAAAAAACUGAUGUAUUACAUGACCGAUGGGACUUACGGCUCUUUCAUCGAGGAACUGCUAAAUCUUAAAUGCAGAUUGCCCGUCCUCUCAAACCGGACACCAUCGGGAGAAACAUUUCCUUCGACUCUCUGGGGACCAACUUGUGACUCUUUCGACUGUAUUGCCAAAGAAGCUAAUUUGCCAGAACUUGAAAUCGGCGACCGGCUUGUGUGGUUUGAUAUGGGAGCUUAUGGAGUCUCCUUAUCAUCAAAUUUCAAUGGCUUUAAGACACCUCUUGUUUAUCCAGUUAUUAGGAGGAGCGAUUGGGAGUCUCUUUGCAACGACCUGAAGCAAUUGGGAAAAAUGGGAACCACAACAAUGGUUACUCAAAAUGGGUGCUGCUAAUACUUUAGUUAAGGUGACGAAUAGCCGAAAUAAACGUGUUUGUUGUUCCGACACAAGCCUAAGGCAAAAAUGGCAUAGGAGGAGCAUUCUUCUGCCAGGAAGGCACGGGAGUUCUUUACGGUCUCGGAGUAUAACCUCCAAGAUCU